AUGCCGAUUGAGGCUCUUCCUCAGAAAACAAUCCGGGCGAUUGGCUCCACAUCUGUCAUUUCGGAUCCCUACUCUGUUGUCAAGGAACUUAUAGACAAUGCCCUGGAUGCUUCUGCUGCGUCACUGCAGAUUGAAAUUUCCCAAAACACCGUGGAUAUCAUACAGCUCAAGGACAAUGGUCACGGCAUCUCUCCAGAGGACCAGCAAUAUGUCUGCAAACGAGCUUUUACCAGCAAGAUCCGGACUUUAGAUGAUCUCAAAAAUGUCGGUGGGUCAUCAUUGGGGUUUCGUGGUGAAGCACUUGCUAGUGCCGCGAAUAUGUCUGGCGUUCUCGUUGUCACCACUCGAGUUGAGUCCGAAGUUGCCGGGCGAUGUGUGAAGUAUGGAAGAAACGGAGAGGUUAUUGGAACACAACGGACGUCACAUCCUGUGGGCACAACUGUUCGUAUCACAGACUUUCUCAAACACAUCCCUGUCCGCAGACAAACUGCCUUAAAGGGUGCUGCGAGAAAUCUCACGAGAAUCAAAAAGCUUCUCCAGGCAUAUGCUAUAGCUCAGCCAUCCAAGAGGCUCUCACUCAAAAUGCUCAAGGCAAAAAAUGAAAACGGCAAUUGGACCUAUGCGCCAAGCGCAGACGCCUCGAUCUCGGAUGCAGCCCUCAAGGUAGCCGGCACAGAAACGUCUUCUUCUUGUGCCGUGAAGCGACUUUCGUCCCAGAAAACGGAUGAGAAUAAACGAGGAUCAUCAGACCAUGAAGAGUAUGAAGCCAUUGCCUUUCUUCCAAAGACACAAUUCGAUACCCCAAGAAUCAACAACGCAGGCCAAUACAUCAGUGUAGAUGGCCGCCCUCUCUCUAGUAGCAGGGGAAUUGGGCAUGAGAUCGUGAAAAUCUUCAAACCAUACGUCCGCGUUGCCGCAUCUAGAAGCGAAUCCUUUAAAUCGGUUAUCGAUCCUUUUCUCUGUUUGCAAAUUCGCUGUCCUCGAGGAACGUACGAUGUAAACAUCGAGCCAGCAAAAGAUGAUCUGCUCUUCGAAGACCGAGAUCUAGUCUUGGCCUUGGUAGAGAAUUUGUUUAGCGACCAUUACGGAGGAAUAGAAGGGACAGAGACAAGAAAUUCCAACCAAGGCAAACAGGAUGCUGGCAAAUCCUUUGAAGUCUCAGCAGGACUUGAACCUUUGAUGUCUAGGAAGCCAGCUACAGAGCUUUCCACACAGCCUCGCGACCCUGACAACCCCUUCAAUGAAGCCAUACCCCACACGCCUCUCUCACAGAAGCCUCUUCGGUCUGAGUACGCAUUUUCGCCUGUGGUUCCUUCAAGCAGCCAGGACCCCAGAAGUCCCGACGAAUCAGCCACCGGCAAAACCAAACGUUCCAGCUUCGUCAAUCCGUGGUCUAUCUCCAGAAUCAAUGCCUCAUUUCAAACACCACGACGCGGGAGCAAUUCCCUCGUUCAAACAAGCCCCGUGGAUCCAUCUAGCGAUAGCCCACAUGGGCCAAUCCGAAGGGAGAGUGAACUGCGAGGCCUCCAGCAUUCGCCCAGCUCAGAAUUUGCAGCCCCUCUUACUUCUCGACUCGCACCUAGGUCGCCCGUGAUGCGUCGUCGACAGCAUCCACCGGAAUCGAACGAGUCCUCCCCUGAGACUAAUCGAAUUUCGAGCGCCCGACGCGCCGAGAGAGAACGUGAUCGAGAUCGGUAUGGGAACGGAGCUCUAGACACUUGGUUCCAAAGAACCACGCAAGUCUCGCUGCAGCAAAGCCCUGUUGAGGAAGGACCGACCCAGGAACCGGACUCACCGCUUUCUUUCCUUGCACAGCAACGAUUUGGAUUGCCCACGAACACCUCGCCAAGCAUUGGGCAUGCCGAUGGGCAAAAUGAUGGUUGCUCGGAUAGUCCAUCGAAGAAUAGCAUCACCCCGGAAUCUGCUCGUCAUGUGCUGUCGCUACCUGAAGACCAAGGUGAGGAUAUCCCAGGGUCAAUGGAUAGUGGUCGAGGAUUUCCGGUUCUUGAGAGAUGGGCCGCUCAACUUCAUGAAGGCGUGAGCCAUGAGGAACCAUCCGAUCUGGAAAAAGCGCUUGAUUUCGAAAGGCGGAAGAAGGAAGCCAUCCAGAGCAGUCGCCUACGCUUCAAGCAGAACAAUAACCCGUCCAGUUCACAGUCUGCUCCAGUAUCGCAUUCGCCUCAUAGCAGUCGAUACCUUGCCGCAAAAGCUGCAUUAACUUCGUCGCAAACUUCGAUCGGCGAGCCGGUCUCUGCGACAACGCUCUCUCCUCACGAUCCGCGAGCAUACCUCAUGCGCCAGGAAAGGGACCUUUCUACCGAUGAACCUUCAACGAACGACGGAAAGGCCCGGAGAUUACCCACCAACCGACUUCCCUUCGAACGUAUACCCGAUGGCUCCGACUUGCAUGAUCUCGGGUUGACUUGCUCGGUCGACUUGUCGCCCAGCUCGAACUCGUUCAAGCAGGAUAUACCCGAGAAUAUAUACACCGGGAGUGUCAACGAAACUACCGCAUUCUCGGCAACUGAUCUUGAAACCUGCUUGCCGUUCUGGAAUGAACGGUUGAUGGUUAUCAUGAAUCAAAAAUACAAGAAUAAGGAUGAAUCACAGCCUUUGAGUAUUCACAUUGAUCUUGCCUCCAUUAUUUCUCAGCAUGUGCAAACAGCUCAACACAAUUAA